AUGUUUCUCCAAAUGUUUCGAUAUCACUUAUUGCUUAUUUUUUUCUUUCAAUUGAUUACACUUGUUAAUUCUUAUAAUCUUAUAGGGCGUGCGCUUCAUACUUCCAAUUAUUUAAAAGACAAAAUUUACUUUCUUGGAGGUGAAACAGAUAGAGCAUCACAUACCAAUGAUUUUUUUUAUUUAGACGUUUCAGCACCCUUUACUUUAGAUUCUUUGCCAAUAGUCGAUUUAACCAGAAAUGUUCAGAUUGCUAAACAUAAAAGAGCGACAUCAAGCGUGUGUGGCCCUAAUAAAGAUACAAUCUUUCUGUUUGGUGGCGAUAUUGACGGUGAUGAAAGUGCUGCAUCCUUAGUUUAUACAUUUAACAUCAGCGUUCCACAAUGGACUAAUACAAAGAUCGGAGGACCUCAACCACAAAGACGUGUAGCGUCAUCAGUCGUCUGUGAUGAAAAUGCAAGGAUGUAUAUAUUUGGUGGUACCAACGGUGAUGGUUAUCAAAAUGAUUUUGAUAUUUUGGACACAGAUCAAUUAACUUGGUCAUUGGGAAGUAGAGUAAAUAUUCCACCUCCUAUGGACUUGGCUACCGCAAAUUUAUUAUCGAAUGGGAAAAUCGUCUAUCUAGGAGGAUAUAGUAAUGGACAACUUAUUGACAUGUCAAAGUUUAUGAUGGGCACUCCACCAAGGGGUAGAGCUUGGCACUCGGCCAUCUUAACACAAGAUGGCCGCAUUAUCGUCUACGGAGGAGUUCCUGUUUCUCCUGAUGAUCAAUUAUCGGUUCUAGAUACCACCGUACUACCCUUUAAAUGGAGCAUUCCCGAGAUUUCAUUUACUCCUAGUUCUGCACCAUACAGAGGGCAUACAGCUACGCUUGUUGGAAAUUAUAUGAUUGUUUCAUUCGGUUGGAUCUAUAAAGGCUCAGCUCCCGCAGUUUAUAGUAAUCAAAUUGUUAUGCUUGACAUAAGCGAUAAAAAUGAUUACAAGUGGUAA